AUGCUCCGGGGCGUCCGGGGAGAGCAUCGCGAUGCUCCGGGGCGGCUGGGGAGAGCAUUGGAACGCUCUGGGGCGUUCGGGGAGAGCAUCGCGACGCUCUGGGCCGUCCGGGGAGAGCAUCGCGACGCUCUGGGGCGUCCGGGGAGAGCAUCGCGACGCUGUGGGGCGUCCGGGGAGAGCAUCGCGACGCUCUGGGGCGUCCGGGGAGAGCAUCGCGACGCUCUGGGGCGUCCGGGGAGAGCAUUGCGAUGCUCUGGGGCGUCCGGGGAGAGCAUCGCGACGCUCUGGGGUGUCCGAGGAGAGCAUCGCGAUGCUCCGGGGUGGCUGGGGAGAGCAUCGCGAUGCUCUGGGGCGUCCGGGGGGAGAAUGGCGACGCUCUGGGGCGUCCGGGGAGAGCAUCGCGACGCUCUGGGGUGUCCGAGGAGAGCAUCGCGAUGCUCCGGGGUGGCUGGGGAGAGCAUCGCGAUGCUCUGGGGCGUCCGGGGGGAGAAUGGCGACGCUCUGGGGCUUCCGGGGAGAGCAUCGCGAUGCUUUGGGGCGUACGGGGAAAGCAUCGGGACACUCUGGGGCGGGCGUCCUAGGAGAGCAUCGCGACGCUCUGGGGCGUCCGGGGAGAGCAUCGCGACGCUCUGGGGCGUCCGGGGAGAGCAUCACGAUGCUCCGGGGCGGCUGGGGAGAGCAUCGCGAUGCUCUGGGGCGUCCGGGGAGAGCAUCGCGAUGCUCUGGGGCAUCCGGGGAGAGCAUUGCGACGCUCUGGGGCGUCCAGGGAGAGCAUCGCGACGCUCUGGGGCGUCCAGGGAGAGCAUAGCGUCAGGGGAGAGCAUCGCGAUGCUUUGGGGCGUCCGGGGAGAGCAUUGCGACGCUCUGGGGCGGCUGGGGAGAGCAUCACGACGCUCUGGGGCGUCUGGGGAGAGCAUCGCGACGCUCUGGGGCGUCUGGGGAGAGCAUCGUGAUGCUCUGAGGCGUCCGAGGAGAGCAUCGCGACGCUCUGGGGCGUCCGGGGAGAGCAUCGCGACGCUCUGGGGCGUCCGGCGAGAGCAUCGCGAUGCUCCGGGGCGGCUGGGAAGAGCAUCGCGAUGCUCUGGGGCGUCCGGGGAGAUCAUCGCGACACUCUGGGGCGUCCGGGGAGAGCAUCGCGACGCUUUGGGGCGUCCGGGGAGAGCAUCGCGACGCUCUGGGGCGUCCGUGGAGAGCAUCGCGACGCUCUGGGGCGUCCAGGGAGAGCAUCGCGAUGCUCCGGGGCGGCUGGGGAGAGCAUCGCGAUGCUCUGGGGCGUCCGUGGAGAGCAUUGCGACGCUCUGGGGCGUCCGGGGAGAGCAUCGCGAUGCUCUGGGGCGUCCGGGGAGAGCAUCGCGACGCUCUGGGGCGUCCGGGGAGAGCAUCGCGACGCGUUGGGGCGUCCGGGGAGGGCAUCGCGACGCUCUGGGGCGGCUGGGGAGAGCAUUGCGACGCUCUGGGGCGUCCGGGGAGAGCAUCGCGACGCUCUGGGGCGUCCGGGGAGGGCAUCGCGAUGCUCUGGGGCGUCCAGGGAGAGCAUCACGACGCUCUGGGGCGUUCGGGGAGAGCAUCGUGAUGCUCCGGGGCGGCUGGGGAGAGCAUUGCGAUGCUCUGGGGCGUCCGGGGAGAGCAUCGCGACGCUCUGGGGCGUCCGGGGAGAGCAUCGCGACGCUCUCGGGCGUCCGGGGAGAGCAUUGCGACGCUCUGGGGCGUCCGGGGAGAGCAUCGCGAUGCUCUGGGGCGUCCGGGGAGAGCAUCGCGACGCUCUGGGGCGUCCGGGGAGAGCAUCGCGACGCGUUGGGGCGUCCGGGGAGGGCAUCGCGACGCUUUGGGGCGGCUGGGGAGAGCAUUGCGACGCUCUGGGGCGUCCGGGGAGAGCAUCGCGACGCUCUGGGGCGUCCGGGGAGGGCAUCGCGAUGCUCUGGGGCGUCCAGGGAGAGCAUCACGACGCUCUGGGGCGUUCGGGGAGAGCAUCGUGAUGCUCCGGGGCGGCUGGGGAGAGCAUUGCGAUGCUCUGGGGCGUCCGGGGAGAGCAUCGCGACGCUCUGGGGCGUCCGGGGAGAGCAUCGCGACGCUCUGGGGCGUCCGGGGAGAGCAUCGCGAUGCUCUGGGGCGUCCGGGGAGAGCAUCGCGAUGCUCCAGGGCGGCUGGGGAGAGCAUCGCGAUGCUCUGGGGCGUCCGGGGAGAGCAUAG